CGAUGAGGGGGUUGGCAGGGCAACGCGCGGGUCCCAUCGAAACUGUCUGCCCAAGCAAAACUAACCAAAACUAACCAAAACUAACCGCUUCACCAACACAUCGCCUUCGACAAUUCUUACAACAUAUACAUUACCGACUGGCUUCCCACGGAUCGACCGUCUCGGAGUCUUUUUACAGCUGCCUAUCCCACUACCUCUUUCGUAUACUGCGUGACGACUUGUACCACCAGAGCCCGAAUACCGGCGGGCUUUUGACACAUUCCACGCGCGUCAACACCAACAAUGAGCACUGAUCCUGCCCUUUCGCAGGCGCAGCCAUGCGAUCCCUCUCAGCCUCCGUCCGACGAGAAUUCGUUCCGAUUCACACCAAUCAAGGCGCUCCGCGCGAUACCCCGUCUGUGGGAGCGCAAACCGGCAACCCCAUUCAAGGCCGGUCUCAAGCGAAAGUUGUGGAAGCGCUUCCAGUCAUCUUUCUCCAACAUGCAGACUCUCGAGUCGUCGACCGCCCUGGACCAUGACGCUUUGCAGACCGCUAUCAACACAUCCAAGGAUUCGGCUUACGUGCGCGGUGUAAAGCGUCUUUGUGUUGGCCCGGGGGAAUCUGCCGAAAUCGCGAAUGUGGAAGUGCCACAGCCUGGCCGUCCAUUCCUGGAGACAAAGUGGGAGUCGGAAAUGUCUCGCAAACGACGAAAAUUGCCGGAUGCGCCAUUUGACGUUUAUGAUGAAAGUUUAAACGCCACGUCAGAUCGUACAACUAGUCGGCGAUCGGACGGUCAUUACGAUUUGGAUGCGGAUGGGGAUCUUGCAAUGGGUACUGCAUCACCUAUCCUCUUCAAAUCACUGAGAACCCCGCCCAAAACAGCCAUUUUCCAGGAUAACAUGCCUACGAAGGACUCAAACCUCACGACCUCUGAUACAAAGUCCGUUGAGCAAAUUGAGUCUGGCUCGUCCGACCAAGAACAGGGCGCGGUCAGCGGCAGUGUAGUGCAGAGAGGAAAUGGCGAUGUGACAGCCACCCCUACAAAGCUUGUCCGCAGCCUGACCCAGGCACAAGAGGGAACUCUUGUGCGAUCGGCGCUCCGCAGUUCGCUAGAUGGAGAUGACGCGAUGGUGUUGAGUGACUUCUUAUCCAAGGCCAUGGCGAAGCGUGCAGUCAAGGCCGCCCAGGUCAGCUCACAAGAAUCUGACUCUGCCGAUAAGUCGUCAAGCCCGGAGACAUCGCCAGAUUCGGAGUGCGCAACACCGCCAUCCCGGAGGGCUCUUGGGGACCGGGACGCUAAUUCACCUUCACCCGUCAAAGCCCAAAUCGCACCAUCCAAGGGAAAGUUCAUUCCCGGCGACGAAACACGCGAGGAUGUCGUCAUCAAGGAAACCCAGGACGAAGAAGUGACAGCACCUGCCAGCCCGGCAUGCCGACGGAGCACCCGCGUCAAAGCACCACCAGCCAACGCUCCCCCCGUGCGCAGCACCAUCUCUCUGCGUCGGGCGAAAGGUAACGAGUUCAUUUUUAUGCAACGCACCGAUUCACAGGAGCUAGCCCUCGCUACACGACGCAACACCAGGAACAACCGAGGCAACUCUAUGAUGCCCAAAUACGUUCUCCAGGCCAUGGCACAGGAGGACUCAUCUGCGACAGACAGCGACAUUCAGAGUCAACCCCGAGCAGACCACAAGAAUUUGGGCAGUCGCAAAGUCACGUCCAAGUCGCGCAAGACAGUCACCUGGAAUGAGGCACGGAUGGCCGAAUACGAAGGCGAUACGCCCACCCCAGCUUCCUCGGACGCGGGCGCAGACACUGAUGCAGGCGCUACAUUGGAGAGGGAUGAGAGCAGGAAGCAUGACGUUGACGGCGGCUCUUCGCGGGCACGCUCCGGGGCCAGGCGAUCGGAGAAGAACGCAUCGUCCAGCUCCCGCAGCUCCCGCAAGCAAUUGUCGCAGAAGGCAGAACUUGAGAGUGGUCCGACCGUCCCAGCGAGCACAGCAGAGCCGGUGUCUACAACUUCGAAACCCCGACGUGUACGGCGGCUGGGUGAUUCCGUGAUGGCCUCGGGGACGCCUGUCAAGACGGGCACCGGGCGUAUCAGCAAGACCACUACCCUCUCGGCGAGCGAUGGAGCUCCUGCCACCGCUACAACAGGCCCAUCAACGCCGACUAAGCCUCGCCGAAAGCUGGUUCCCAAGUCUCCAAGUUCGUCACUACUUUCAGUCCCAGCCUCCAAGGCCAGCAGCAGUAAUGGGGGUGAGCAGCAUUUUGUCAGUGGCAUUCCAACAAGGAGUACGACUAGCUCCGAGGGAGUGAAGCGGAAGAGUAUGGCGGAGGCUAAUGCAGGGUGCACGCCGAUGCCUCGGCGGGUGCGAGCGCGGUCAUGAACGUCACCUUGUUGACUCUUUUUGUUGUUGUUUUUUUGGCUCCGCAGCGAAUUGUUCCCUGGAGUUUUUUGCAUUUGCGUGAUUUCCAAGAUACCACUUACGCUGCAUUUGUUUUGUUUUGUUUUUUUUUUGUUUUCUCUCUGCGUCCAUUGCAUUAGUUUCUUAUUGUUAAACUCUGGUUGUCUUCUUGAUGCAGCUUCCAAUGUUAAGUGCUCAAAUUUCCUCCCAUGUCGCGUUGAUCUUCUGUCGUGUUGCAACUGUAACGUGCAGACCCGCAGCAGCCACGCUGCAGGAUGACGUCUGUGCCGCUGUUCAUGCAUGCCGGCCCUAGAUAUCGCAUCUCUGAUCAUCAGUUUUGAUGGUGGUCUGGCUCAUGGGGUGAGGCGAUCAAUGCUGCACCUGCUCUCUGUGAGCUGGGCAAGUAAAUCGACUAGUCCCCGUGGGGUAAUCCCGAGUUUCGUCAAGGGCUCGAGGGUAGUCCGUCUAACUGGAGCAGGCUAUCCGGGGUCAGUGUUGAUGGUUGCUUGCAUGGGAAAGCGCUAAAGGUCUAGUUCCUCGCAAUGGAUGACUAUUAAUGGAAGCCACAGAGAAAUACAAUACAUCCCUGCCGCCCCCCUAAACCCUGCCAUUCGGCUCAGCUUCGGUUUCUGCACUCGGCCUCCAACAGUCUGUAACCCGAAACCUACGCAGCCACCCCCGAUCCGACUAUCCCUGCCCUCCGACCUCUAUAGCGCCACUAAAAUCAUGUUGCUGAUAACGUGAGGUAGAUAUAUUCCCA